AUGACACGGCACCGCAUCUUCCGCGUUCCCUUCCCUCUCGACUUCAUCGAUGGAAGUGAUCACAUCUGCACAGCUCCUGGCCUACCUCACCUACAUCAUCGGAGCACUACUAGAGAUUUCGAAGCCACACAAUCACCCGAUGUCUCGCAUCAAACCCCACGGGGCGAAUUCCGUCAAAACUGCCGGCGAUUCGAAGCUCGCGGAGUCUGCUGUCUCCGUUGUCCCUUUAUUCUACCCAAUCAGGAUUUUCGUGGGUCUGCCUGGUACACACCAUCGGGACGCGGUAAAAACGAUGAACACAAAGGACGCAACGGACGCGAAGGACACGACGGACGCGAAGGACACAACGGACGCGAAGGACAUGAUGAACGCGAAGGACAUGACGGACGCGAACGGCACGACGGACAAGAAAAACACAACGGACACGAAUAG